AAGCAAUGUUCAGAGGCAACUACUUACGCGGUUGAGAUACACACUUUAUCAUUCAAGUAUCACGCAUCCUUUGCUCUUCUUCAUGAUGCGUUCAUUCAGGUGAUUAAUGUUUGCCUAAACAAAUCUGUAAGUUGACUUGGGAAGUAUUAAUUGCAAUAGAAAUCUCGAAUCAUUUAUGUCGAGAGUGAUGAACGGAAAGUGAAAUAGUCAAGACUGGAACAGAUCUCUACAUUGACGAAAAAGUUCUAUCACAUAAUCAUUGUUGAAAUGAUUUAGAACGAAUCUAUUAUAUUUAUGCUCCUCCUGGAAGACUGAGAUCCAGAAAAAAAGUGUUCAUUAGAAAACUACAUGAAACAUUUUAAACAAUGAUUAUCUUUCACAUGCAAUACAUUAUUUUAAAGGCAUAUGACUAAGAAAAUAUUUAUGGAAUCAAAAUGGCACGCAGACGCAAAACUGAAAUGAAAACAUCAGUGAAAUCGACAGUUAAAUAUGUACCUGUUCGAAAAUCCAGUAGACAAAUAGCUAAGAAGCAAUUGGAAGAAAAGAAAGUUAAUGGAGAUAUUUCACAAAUAUCUUACUCAAAUGAUACAGAAGAUAGUAAAAGUACCGGGGAUGAUCAGAAUCAGUCACUUCCUAGAAAGAAUCAAAAUUCUUUGAGGAAGCACAACAAGCAUAAGAAUGCCUCUAAUAGCAAUAUACUUGUAAUUAAUGAGGAGAAUGAAUAUUCAACAUUACAAUAUAAAAAGGAUACUAGUGAAAGCGAUAGCCAAGAUGGAAUAGAUGCUAUAAUUGAUCAUUCUGAAAAACUUAGUCCUGAGGAUGUCCAACAAGUAGUUGUCGGCAACCCGAGUAAAGAAGAUACAAUGGAAACUAAUUCUAAUGAAAUUGAGAUAUGGUCAGAAGAUGUGAUAGAAGAAACCAUAAUUUGUGAAGAAAUGGAAGUUAAAGAAGAUGUUAAAGAUGAUAAUUAUAAUUUGAGGCAAGGAGAUGAUAUGAUAGUAAAAGAAGUGUUACUAGUAAGCAACUCUACAUUGAAAAGGAAAAAUUUUGUGGAAUAUACUGUGAUACAAAACGAAGAUGGAACAGAAUCCAUGGUUGUAGAUACAUCUAAUUCAAAAAACACAUCUGAUAUUGAGUACUGCACAGUGCAAAAGAAUACAUGUAACUCGAAUAGAGACGAAACAGAAAAUUCUCUUACAGCCUUGUGUAUAGAUGUGCCAAUGACUUCUAGCAAUGCAAACGAUAAACCAUGUACUUUAGAAAAAUUAUGUAUUCACAACAAAGAAGCAACUAGCGAUCAAAAAGACUUCUAUACAAAUAGACAAAUAUGUGCAAACGAAUCCGAAGAGGUUCUGUGUAAAGAUGACGCAUUUUGCAGAAUAGAUAACAAAUUAGCGGACAUGCAAAUUAGUGAAUCUUCUAAAGAAAUACAAAAAUUAGUCAAUGAUUUAUCUAAUACAGAAAGCAUAACAUCUCCUUUACAAAUUGCUAGUAAUACAGAAAAAGAAAUUCUCAUGAAUAUUGAUGAUGAAAGUAGUUCAUCGAUAUUGGAUAAAAUAGAACAAUUACAUCAUCCUAACAAUUUUGCUUCUUUACCUGAUAACAUUAAUAAAAACCUAACAGAACAGAACAAAUCCACUGCCCUUAAUGACAAAACGGAUUGUACAAAUCAGUCUUCGUUAAAAUCAAAAUUUGUACAAGAUAAAAAAAUUGGGAAUCAACGAAAAUCUACACACUCACAAGCUAAUGAACUGUUAUAUGGUGAUAGUGAAACAGAUAAUAAAAUUGAUGGAGAAGAUUCAAAGUUAUCAAGUAGCAGUGAAAAUAGUAACGAUACACUAUUGUCUCUGAACAAUUGUAAAUUAACAGAAUUUGAAACAAAGUGUAAUAGUAGUUCUAAUGAUAUUGAUAAGAAAGUUGAAUUUAGGAGUCGAAGUGGUAGUACGGAUACAACAGGUUCUGAAAGUGGAUCAAACAGUUCUGGAGUCAGGAGAAGCAGUAGAAUUAGAUCAAUUGGAUUAAUGAAGCAAAGAUCUCGAGGACGUGGUUUGGUUUCAAAACCUAAUAUAGAUGUAUCAAAAUCAAGUGCUCAACAAGAGCGUGAGAAGAUAUCUAAUAGUACUGCUUUAACUGCUCAAGAAAUAAAAGUAGAUAAUCCACCAGAAUUACAAUCGGACAAAGAAAAUAAUGUCAGUAAGACUGUGAACACAUUCGAUUCGUUGACACCACUAGCGACUACUUGUAAUACUACUGGCUACGAUUCAGAUUCCUGUAAACCUGUUAAAGUAAAAUCUCGUUGGCGAAGAUCUAGCGAACUCGAAAUGGGUGGUUCGAAUACAGGAUUUGUGUCCACAUCAACAGUCGCAUCUACGUUUGGAAGUUUACCUCCGAACGCUUCGGAAUCUGGAUCAUUGAUGUUUAAAUCUGUAUCUGGAUCUGUAAUGGACGUUGGUUCCUCUGAUUCUGGUUCUGGUUCUACCUUAAUAACAACAAACGUUCAAUCUACUGUAGAACCAGAACAAACAAAAGAAUCUUUAGUUGUAACUAACACUAUUGCUGCUGUGCAAAUUCCAAAAACUAUAGGCGCGAAGAUUUCGUUAUCCAUGGUUCCACAAUUAGAAGAUAGAGAAAUGGAGGAAAGAUUAAGCCAAUUCGAAUAUUUACAUGAAAAUUUAUACCUAACCGAAAGGUAUACAAAUAAAGAAACCAAACGUAUGGUGUGCGACUGCUUCUUAACAGAAGAAGACAUUGAAAGAGGAGAAUUAGGUUGUGGAGAAGAUUGUCUUAAUAGACUUCUAAUGAUAGAAUGUGGACCCAGAUGCGUAGUCGGUGAUCGUUGCACAAACAAACGAUUUCAGAAUUGUGAAUAUGCUAAAUGCGAAGUAUUUAGAACAGAGAAAAAAGGUUUCGGCUUACGCGCCAUGGUUGAUUUGUUAGCGGGGGAAUUUAUAAUGGAAUAUGUAGGUGAAGUAGUUGAUCCAAAAGAUUUUCGACGUAGAGCUAAAGAAUAUUCAAAAGACAAAAAUAAACAUUAUUAUUUCAUGGCAUUGAAAUCCGAUCAAAUCAUCGAUGCUACUAUGAAAGGGAACGUUUCCCGAUUUAUAAAUCAUAGCUGUGAUCCAAACUCUGAAACACAAAAGUGGACGGUAAACGGUGAAUUGAGAAUAGGAUUCUUUAAUAAAAAAUUUAUAGCUGCCGGUGAAGAGAUCACGUUUGAUUAUCAUUUUCAACGUUAUGGUAAGGAGGCGCAGAAAUGCUUCUGUGAAGCUCCUAAUUGUCGCGGUUGGAUUGGUGAAACGCCAGAGGAAGAAAAGGAAAAAACAGAAAAGAAGGAAAAACGUGACAAAGAUAUGAGGAAGAAGAAGGGAGAAAAGAAACAGACUGAUUAUAUGGAAGAUGAAGAUUUGGAAGAAGAAAUAGAUAAAUUGUGUUUUGGUGGUUUGAAAAAUAGAGCUCAUACUUUGACGUUAAGCAGACUUAUGGUACGCAGCAGAGAACUGGAGCAUAGAACUCGUCUUUUACGUCUCAUACAAAGUGGAGAACAUCCAUGUCGAAGAUUAUUUUUGGACUAUCAUGGUUUACGUUUAAUUUGGAGCUAUGUGAUGGACAUUUCUACAAACGAUUCCGAAGAGGCGCAACAGUUUCGAUUAGAAGUUUUAAAAACCUUAAAUACACUUCCGAUUUCUAACAAGACAAUGUUAAUGGACAGUAAAAUUUUUAAUGUAGUUGAAAAAUGGUCGAAACGGUUGUAUUUUUCACCUAACAGAGAUUCUCCGGAAGAUGACCAGGAAAAAUCAAAAUUAUGUUCCGAAGAAUUACAGCUCGGUUAUGACAGUAGCGAGAAAAAAAGUUCCUAUCAAUUGAACGAUACCGAGAAGAGUGACAGUAAUGUCGACAAUUGUAUAGCAAUCGGUGAAGUGAAAUCAGAUAAUGCGGAUCAAAAUCUUAUACCUGACCUAGCUUUAACUCUUUUGGCCGAAUGGUCAAACUUAAAGGAAGUUUUCCGAAUACCUAAAAAGGAAAGAAUUGAACAAAUGAAAGAGCACGAAAGGGAAGCUGAUCGUGGAUAUAGAGAAGAAUUAGAAAAGGAAGAGAAAAGAGGAACAUCAUACGAUAGACACAGGUCUGACAGAUAUGGAAGGAAUGAACCCGAGAAACGUAGCGAUCGAAGACGAGGUCGAGAAUCUCCAGAAUCUGAGUACACUCGAACGAAGGAUAAACGAGUAGAAGAAAGAAGUAGUUUAGUUCCUAUUCCACGAAUGACGAAAUACGAACGCAGACAAUUAUUCGCUAUGAAGGUCGCUAAAGAAGAAGAAGAGCGACAACGUCGUCAACAGCAAGAAUCGUGGCAAGAUCAUGAAAACAGGUGUUUAGCUUUAGGUAUAGAUCCUCAUACGACUGCUAUGGUAGAUCCUCAAACAGGGUAUCCUGUAUUUUAUAACCCAUCGCUUGGACAAUGGCAACAUUAUACGACACAAGAAGGAGAAAUAAGUCAGCAAUGCACUCCGGUAUACGUAGGAGGUCCUCAAUCAGUAACUGGACAUUCUCAAUCGACAAUACCACCACAAAAUUCGCAUGUCCUACCGCCAACGAUCUCUUCUGAAAUAUCACCUGGUAUGUCUAGCAACAUACCUUCUGGUGUACCGCCAGUGGUGUACACGUUAAGCCAAACGCCUGUUUUUAAUCAAACCACAACAGCCUAUUCUUUACUACCUCAUUGUCACCAACAAUAUCCCGAGAGUCAAUUGCCACUGUCUAAUAACUUAGUCCAUGGUGGAACGCCGCCCGUAGCUAUUCAAACACAGCCCCUUUAUGAUCACAUUGAAAAGCAAUCGGAUCAGCAAUUUCCUGCGAAAUCAUUUAAAUCACCGCAAACGGAAAUACCUGCCAUAGAUCUACCACCAAAAUGGAAAAGUGCGACCGACGCUAGGGGUAGAACCUAUUACUAUCACGUGAAAGAACGAAUAUCGCAAUGGUUACCACCGCCGCCGGACCACAUUGGAGUUCAACCAGAUUCUUCAUCAUCUUCGGAGUCCAGCGAGGAUUCUAGUUCGUCGAACGAAGAUGACGAAGAUAUUGAGGAUGAUAAUAAUGAGGAACAAAAAGCUGAAGAGUUGGAGUUAAAUAACACUUUACUUGAGAAACCAUUAAAUGGCUCGAAGCAUAAUGUACCUAAAAAAGUUAGUGUUCAUAAUGUAACUGGAAGUACAGCGACUUUCCCCGAAGGAAAGAAAAGACGAGAGGGUUUAGUUCAAGAAAGGAUUAUCAGUCCGCGUAGAGAAGAAGAUCGUAUAGACCAUAAAACGCACAAGGGUAUUAAGGAGAAACUACGCCGUCAAAAAGAGAGGGCAAAAUUCAAGGAACACGUUGAGAAAAUACGGCGACACAGACGUAGUAACAAAUCGAAAUCACAUUCGCGUCAUAGCUUAAAUAAAUUACAAUCACCUUCUACAGAUUUAUCCACAAUGUCGGAAAGAAAAAUUAAAGAUACUUUCAGGAUAAAUAUGGCGAACGUGAUGGUACAUUUUUUGAAUCCAUACAGAAAGAAUGAUUGUAAACAAGGUAGAAUAACUAACACUGAAGAUUUUAAACAUCUUGCAAGAAAGCUUACACAUUUUGUACUUGCAAAAGAGUUAAAACAUUGUAAGAGCGUUGAUGAAUUACAAUGUAAUGAAAAUGUUAAACAUAAAGCUAAAGAUUUUUUUACCUUGAAUAUUGUAAUAUAUCUAGUAGAAAUAUAUUGAACUAAUGCCCAUAUGUAGAUAUAUUUGUAAUUAUUAUUAUUAUUAUUAUUGUAAUAUAGGUGAAUUUGUACAUGCUUCAGAAACAUUCUGAUAAUUUAGCCAUUAAGAAAUAAUUAAAUU